GACAGUCGGUGAGACGCACAGAAACAUGGCGCUGCUCUUUGAUAGCAGGCUGAUACUAAGAAAAAUUAAAGAUUUAAGAAGUUUGACGUCAAAGCGACACAGAGUGAAAGAAAAAUGGGCUGCCACACGUCCCAAGUACCCUCCCACCAUCUUGGCCCUGCGGUACUUUGAUUCUACCUACAGUGUCCAGCUGGGGAAGCUGUGGCCAUCAGUCCGAGUCGCUCUGCUGUCAGAGAGGAAAUACGGAGCCCUGCUGAAUAAUUUCUCUAAUGAAACAGUUCAGGCAGACCUUGAAGCUCAAGGAUGUACAGAUUUCAUUAAUGAAGCAUAUACAGAGGCUCAGCCAUGCCAUGAUCGGGAAUCGUGGGUUGUAGCGAAGGACGAAUCCAACCAUGUUUCUUCACAAAUAUCUAACUCGUACAGUCAGCAGCUGCCUUCUCUGCAGCUCAGUCCUAACAUCAAGUGCCUUGUGUUUCCAAGAGGAGACAUCACAAGAUUCAAUCCUGCUAAACCUGACACAAACAGGUUGUUGGGUCACUACCUAAUGGAUGCAGCCUCUGUGCUGCCAUGUCUAGCUCUGAAUGUUCAACAAGGACACACUGUGCUUGACCUCUGUGCUGCUCCUGGAGGCAAAACUCUGGCUUUACUACAGACCCAUUCAACAGCUUUUUUGUGUGUGAAUGAUAACUCUGUGUCUCGGACGACGAGACUAAGAAGGGUCCUCCAAAGCUACAUUCCCAAGGAGCUUUCGACUGAUGAUAAGCUACGAAUCACCACUUUUGAUGGUACCAUGUGGGGUGAAAUAGAGAGGAAUACUUUUGAUAGAGUCCUUGUUGACGUCCCGUGCACCACAGAUAGACACUCACUUAUGGAAGAUGACAACAACAUAUUCCAUAAAAACAGGACGGGUGAAAGGAAAAGGCUGCCACAGCUACAGACAGAGCUACUGCUGGCAGGAAUCCUGGCAGCCUGUCCAGGUGGAGAGAUCCUUUACUCGACCUGCACGCUCUCCCAGAUCCAGAACCAGAAUGUGGUAGAGCAGGCCAUCUAUUUGGCAAAAGAGAACAACGGCAUCCAACUGGAGGUUGUUGAUCUUCGCCCCCUCACACAAAUGUUUAAGAAAACCUUUCACUUCGCUCCCAACCUUCCCCUGGGUGAGAUGGUCAUCCCACACUUAGCCGCUAACUUUGGCCCCAUCUACAUGUGCAAACUACGGAGGCUCACAUAGACCUGGACUGAUGGACUCUGUUUCUUUGGAGUAACGACUCACUUGUACGUAAAAACUUUAUCUGUCAGAGCACAGCUACAGAUAACUUGUCAUCAUGGUUGGGGACUCUUUAACCACUGGACUAAGGUUGGUUACUUGUUACUGAUUUUAAAAAGAAUCCAGCUGACAGGACCCGGGAAGUGAUAUUGUAUAUGCUUUAACAUAGUCUAUAAUACCUAUAGACAGCAAUCAGCCACAGAUUUAUGUAUGGAAAUGGAAAUGCAAGUCCAAACUAGAUUUAUAUGACACUUUAUUGGGACAUGAAUGUAGUGGCAUUUGAUAAUGACAAAUAAAAUCCAAACAAAGUCAAAACAAACCAACAACUGAGAUUAAUGGGAAGGGAAUCGUACACUUGAUGAAAAAAAAUCUACCAUCCAGGCAAGUAAAACACUCUUGAUGUUAAUUGAACACCCUUUCAUGAGGGUGUCAUGCUAUUUGUCCUGGGGGGGGGGGGGCAGCAGCAGCUGCUAAAAGGACACCAGUGUUUGCAUUGGCAUUCCUUUUAGCACCACAACUGCUCAACCAGAAGGAGUGGCAUAACAUGGUUGUCUGUUCUUUGAGAUGUGGGUGAAAACGGGAGAAAAAUGGACAAAUAUUUGCUUAAAUUAGGGACAUUUGAACUCAACCAAGAUCCAUGCUGUCUUCUGGACUAUGGAUAUUGAUAAUGUGCGUGGCCACAAAUCAAGUUUCCUGACGUUUACGUGGACCUGAUUUCAAGUACAUGAAGCAGAGCCUGACAUAAACAGGCACACAUCAGCCUGGUCCAUCAGUAAUUGUUGUGAAACUGAAUUAGUGUCAAAGUUUUUUUUACAAGGAAGCUUUAGAUCAGCUGUUUCUUCAUGUUUUAGUGAUUCAUUUACUUCUUUUUUCUUAUGUGAAAAUAUUGCCCUGUCGUUAAAUCUAUUUGCAAAAAUUCAGGGUGCAUUUUAAAACAAGACCAAUGUACCCCAGCUGUUUUACUUAAUCUAAUUUGAUUUUAACACCUGUUAAACUUUUUUUUUAAGUGACAAAUAAGCAAGGUACAGCUCUCGACUUUUACAUUACCAUCAUAGCAUAACAUUCACUCUACGAGGCAAUCACGGAAAUUCUUGUAGUAUUUAACCAAAUAGAAAUCUGGUUACAAAGGCUACUCGAGCUUACUCUUUCAGACACGCAUAUGGGUAUUCAGGGGCGUGGUCAAUUUCUAGAGGUGCAAAAAACAGAGCACCCCUGUUUACUUUGCUUAGCAGAUAUGAAUUAAACAACCGUUUCUGUACACAUUUGGUGAAGCACUGUCUUAGAGAGACCAACCACAGCUAACAUUUUGUGGAAUAUUAAAACAGGAACAUACUCCCCUCUCAAGUCCCUAAAUCACAGAAAGAAGUCUGAAAGUUUGGACAGUCUACAUACUGUACGUUCUGCCUGUUUUAAAGCAGGAUAAAAAUGAGACACACAGACAUGAGAAUACAUGUGUAUAAAAAGAACAGGCAAUUCCCUGGAGAGCAAUCAAGAGAGGUAUAAGAAUAAGUGCAUUUAGAACCCAAAUGUAAAUGUAUUGUUACAUCUUAAAAGCCUGACCAGGGACAAGGACUGCAAAUUAGCCAUGGCUAGAUGUCUUUUAUACAUUGCAUCGGUUGCACUGUAAUUAAAUGCAGCAAUGCUUAUGUAUUGUCCCUGAAAAAUAAACGGAUAAAUAGAAUAAAAUAAUCUGAUGCUAUUUUAUGCAGGUUAACUUCUGGCUGUCUUCAAAACUUCUCUGCUCUAGCCUUAAUCUUGCCCAACGUCUCAGUGAACUAGUAUUGCCCUUAAUGUUCGUCUCAUAUGUUCCUUUUCGUGGCUUGGGAAUGUAGAAAACGAAUAUCUAGAGGUCCUGUCUUCAUUUUUGUUAACUGGCAAAGUCCCAGGUGCCUGUAUCACACUGAAUUCCCCAGAAUUGCAUGACAUUGCAGUUUGAUCUGAAUUUUCCAGCAAAGCGAAUGGAGAUGCUGUGGUUUGUUUGCACCUCCAUCAGGACCUGCGUGUAGCAUGCUACUUCACUAUAGGUGAAAAAUAGAUACUGUAAUUGCUCAAUUUCAUCUUGUGGCUUUUUAAUGUACUGUUACAGCUCAUAACAUUUCUAGAAACUUAUUUCAUCAGCUGAUGAUCUGUACUGACAGUGCUUAACAUAGUCAAGAUGUCACUUUUAAAAGAAGUCAGUUUUCAGCUGAAAUAACAGCUGUUAACUGCUUACUCCUUACUGAUUUCUGUCACCAGUUCAUGCGGAGACCCAUGCUGCCUGUGACAUCACAUGCACAGGUGUCUGUGGAAACGUUGGGUUUACCAUACGGUACCAUACCAACUGUACUUAAUCAAACUGGAACGCCUGGAUGAAAUGCGUCUUAUGCCUAUAGCAGCACAAGGACCCAGUCCAUUCUUGAUCAAGCUCCUAAAGGUAGAAAGGGUGUCUGUCCUCCCUGACCCUGACUGGUAGAUAAAUCCUAAGGGGCCUGAAUACUGAAGGCUCUGCCUCCCAUAUUACUUUUAGAAACUGUAGGGACAACAGUUGGGGUAAUACGGCACAGUGAGCUCUUUGAGAUACAACUGUGCAUCGCCAUUAAGAGCUUUGUAGGCGAGAUGAAGGAUUUUAGAUUCUACUUUAGUCUUUCAAGGGAACCAAUGCAGAGAAGAUAGUAUAGUAGUAAUCUGACCUCUUUUCCUGAUUCUAUUUUAGUAUAAGUGCUGUUGCAUUUCAGGCCAGCUGAAGAGUCCCGACAGACUUAUUAGCUGUAGUAUCACUUUUAUCCUGUAGGUGGCAGCCUUAGUUAAAGAAGAACAUAUCCUGUACUCUACUACAGGGCAUUGAGGAUGUGUGUGAUGGUUUUCAGGAGACAGUAGCUGCAUGUUCUCCUGCUCAGUGUCAGAUGAUGAGGACUUCAGGCUGCAGAAUCACAUUACUGAAACACAAAUUUCCACCAUCAUCUGCUUCCUUUAACUCUCCAGUGGAAAUGUCUUCUGCUUGUUCUGUGGUUAUUCAUCAGGUUUGAUGGCUUUGCCUAAUAAUGCAGUAUAUGGCUAUGUUGAAGGAGGGAAUAAUGAAGAGGCAGGUAAUGACUCCUCUGACCAUCUGAAUGUGUGCACCUUUCAUUAUAAAAGCUGGAUCGCUCUGUGUUUUGCAUUGAUAUCACUCAGAGGUGAAAUGUUUCCUCUUAUCAUGAGCUAAUGUGAGCGCAGAGGUGCCUCUUUUUUCCAUCACACCGCCGAUGACCCUUUAUGUUGUCCUGCACAGGAAAUGUAGCGUGAAAAAGGUGUGUGUGUCUCUAUAAAUGUGUGUGUUUCUAACGAGUCCACCAUCCACAUCCCACUGUCAUUAAGCCGCUCCAAGCGCAGGAGCUGACUCCCAUCCCCGCGCAGGGGCGGACGGCAGCCAUGCGGCUCCCAAAUGAACAUUAAAGAGGCAGCAGAGAGCUAAAAUGGGACGCCUCGCCCUGUUUUGCCCCUCCGCUUUUUUAUUCCACAGAUGAGUGCAGAUAAUUUCUUGUGCGAUUGUGAGUGAUUACUGUAUUACUGCGGUAAAAGGGGGAUGUAUCUGGGAAUGCAGAGGGAAUUAAUGACACAUAAAAACUAUUUUUGUAUUGACUGCUUUCAUCUCGGGGGCCUUGAAUGCCUCCUCGCACAUCGUGUGAUUACCUAAACGUAUUGUAAAUAUGUGUUUCCUAUGGGCUCUUCCAUAAAUUUACAUGUUUUAACACUCAGGAGACGGCACACUGUUAGAGAUGACUUACUCUCUAUUCUGCCUGUCUAUUGACUCCACUCGCUGCUUUAUUAUUGAA